AUGAAGAUUGCCUUAGCUUUAUUCGUACUCAUGACUGUUGCCUUGUCCACUGCUCACUGGGAGUGUGGUCCAUCUAUUUGUAACAAGGGUUGGACUUGUUUUAUUGAUGGUCCAAAUCACUUGUGUAACGAACACUGUGAUGAUCGUAUCUCCUUGUCUCAAACCGUUAUCAACAAGUGGAACGAUGCCAAGACUGGUCAACCAAUGGUUCAAGUCGAUGUCGUCAUCAAGAACGUUGGUCUCCGUACCGUCCGUAAUGUAAUCAUCGAUGGUGAUGACUACUCAAUCUUUGGAACCCAAAUCUGGAACGUCAACCGUCUCCCAACUGGUGAUCUCGUCCUCCCAUCCUACCAAGAAUCAUUGGUCCCAGGUCAAGUCCACAAAUUCGGUUACAUCGCCAGAGGUGACCACCCAGUCAUUCUUUACGUCAAGAAUGUCAUCAUCAUUUGGAAUAAAUAA